AUGUGCGGCAUCUACUUCUCUGUGGCCAAAGAUCGACAUAUCUUACCCGAUCAACCAACUGUAGAUGCCCUCCACGCUCGAGGCCCGGACAGUUAUAAAGUCUUCCAGACCACCGACAAUGACGAGAAGCUGCACCUAACCUUUAUCUCAUCCGUGUUGGCACUGCGUGGACAGAAUAUCCAGGAGCAACCUCUUCAUGACCCUGUGUCUCGCUCUGUCCUUUGCUGGAAUGGUGAGGCCUGGAAAUCAGACGGAGUGCCAGUGGAGGGUAAUGACUCGGCCUACAUUUGGCGUCUCCUCCAAAUCUCUCUAGCCCAUCCACACGACCGUCAACAUCGCAUCGCUCAAGUCCUUUCCCACAUAGCUGGUCCGUUCGCAUUUAUCUUUUACGAUGCUCCCACCGCCACUGUGUACUAUGGUCGCGACAGGCUGGGACGUCGAUCUCUCCUUAUCAAUCAAAGAGACUAUGGUUCACUGACACUAGCUAGUACCAGUCCGAAUCCUUCGGGCACAGCUACAGCACCAUCUGAAGUUUCAACGAAUACGAUACACUUUUUCCAAUUCCAAGAAGGAAGCAUAUUACAGGGGAAACUGCCGUGGGCAUCAGAACUGUAUCCCAUCAACAAAGGCCUGCCUGACUCAGAGAUAGCAGCCCUUCCAUCUCACGAGAGCGUUGAUGGCCUUCUGGUACAUCUUCGCGAAUCGCUCAUGCUUAGGUCUGUUGACAUCAGGGACCAUUCCCAUCCACAGAUGACCGCCGACGCAGCAAAGGUUGCCAUACUAUUCUCUGGAGGGCUUGACUGUACUCUUCUGGCUCGUAUAAUCCACGAGAUUCUCCCGUCAGAUGAAGUUGUUGACCUGCUCAAUGUCGCUUUUGAAAAUCCACGUUCGCUCGCCGCAAAGGGGCGCAUUCAAGCUUCUGCAUAUGAGCAAUGCCCCGACCGAGUCACCGGCAGAUCGAGCUUCACGGAAAUCUGUGAAGUAUGUCCGCAGAGAAAGUGGAGAUUUGUGGCUAUUAACGUUCCCUACACUGAAGCAGUCGCACACAAGCCUAUAAUUAUCCGACUCAUGUAUCCCCAUAACACCGAGAUGGACUUGUCGAUUGCGAUGGCACUGUACUUCGCUGCACGCGGCCAAGGGGAGCUGUUGGAAGUCUAUUCCAAUGUUUGCUCAGAACCAAUCCCCUAUUUGUCAACCGCGCGCGUUUUGAUCUCCGGCCUAGGCGCAGAUGAACUGUAUGCAGGCUACUCUCGGCAUGCUGCUGCCUUCUCGCGGGAAGGAUUUCAAGGACUAGCAGACGAGCUUGAGAUGGACUUCAACCGGAUUGGGUCUCGCAAUCUAGGUCGUGAUGAUCGCGUCAUGAGCUCUUGGGGCAAAGAGAUCCGAUAUCCCUAUUUGGAUGAAGAUUUCGUCAGGUUCUCCCUCGAUCUCCCUGUCUGGGAGAAGGCUGGUUUCCGACGGGGCAGACCCGUGCCCAAACAUCAUGAAGCAACAGGACUGGCUAGUACCCCCGGAGACCUUGAACCUGCGAAGAUGUUGCUACGGCUAGCUGCGUGGCGCCUGGGUCUGAGAAGGGCAGCCGCAGAGAGGAAACGAGCAAUCCAGUUUGGAGCAAGGACUGCGAAGAUGGAUGCUGGCAAAGGCCGCACCAAAGGAACUGAUGUUCUUGCAGUCGCAGCCUGA